UAAUCGUCCUCGCCCGACGGGUUCCUAACUAGUUCAGAAACAAACAAGCCUGUUCUGUUACUUCAGCUCAGUUCGGUUUUGCUGCUUCAAUGGCGUCAAUGCUCUCUCUCUCAAACGCAAUCGGAUUCUCUCACACCAAAACCAACCACAAUACUCUUUUAUCAACUUCUCUCUGUAAUCUAAAUUCCAGUUCAAAUAUAGUUGACAUGAAGACACUAUCGCGGCGCAGUUGUAAAAAAGUUGGACAUUACCAAAGAUAUUUUCGAUUAUAUGGUUUAUUUGGAGGGAGAAAAGAUAAUAAUAAUAAUAAUAAUGAUAAAAGUGAUGAUGCACCUUCUAAGGCAGGAAUUCUUGGAAACAUGCAAAACCUGUUUGAGACUGUGAAGAAGGCACAGAUGGUUGUCCAAGUUGAAGCAGUGAGGGUUCAGAAAGAACUUGCAGCGGCUGAGUUUGAUGGUUAUUGUGAGGGUGAGUUAGUAAAGGUAACUCUGUCUGGAAACCAGCAACCCUUACGAACAGAAAUUACUGAGGCAGCUAUGGAAUUGGGAUCAGAAAAACUUUCACUUUUAAUCACCGAAGCUUACAAGGAAGCACACGAGAAGAGUGUCCUGGGCAUGAAGGAAAGGAUGAAUGAUCUUGCACAGAGCUUAGGAAUGCCACCUGGGCUUGGUGAAGGAUUGAAGUGAUGAUAUUUUUAACAGAGAUCAUGACAUGACACGGGCCUCAUUUUUGCAUGCAAAAUAUGCGAGAUGGAUAGGCUUAUAUAUUUAAUUUAUUUUUCAUCUUGAUAUUUAAGCUUUGAGUUAUUUGAAAAAUGGUGAAGGAUCUUCUUUUCCAAAA